UUCAGCCCCAUACCUGCCUGUUAUGGAGGCCCUAACUCCAGUCAUCCCGGGCUUGUGCACGGAUCUCCUUCCUCGUCGGCUAUGGACGGCUAUGGCUUUGCAACGAAUUCCUGAGCGAUAUCCUUCGCCGAUACCGAUACGUCACCAAUAUAAACAUCUAGAUCGCAUGAGCAUAUAAAGUCU